AGCGCUCAACUCCGGCGAGGCUGGAGCGCGGCGCGGCGCUGGGCAGGGCGGGCUCCGCCGCCUGCUCCCGGGGCUCCGCCGCCUGCUCCCGGGGCUCCGCCGCCGGCUCCCGGGGCUCCGCCGCCUGCUCCCGGGGCUCCGUUGCCGGCUCCCGGGGCUCCGCUCCGCAGCGCAGGCGGCGGGGAAGCGGCACGAGUGCGCGGCGCCUCCGCUGCAUCUCGGCUUCUGAUGCCCCUUCGCGCCCGCACGCCAGCCCGGCGGCCGCGGCUCCGGGAGGAUGCGGCUCUUCCUCCUCGCUGCAACUUUCUGGGGAUUGUGCCUGGCUCCAGGUUCGGGUUUGCAAAUACAGUGUUACCAGUGUGAGGAGUUCCAGCUAAACAAUGACUGCUCCUCUCCUGAGUUCAUCGUGAAUUGUACAGUGAAUGUUCAAGAUAUGUGUCAGAAAGAAGUAAUGGAAAAAAGUUUUGGAAUCAUGUACCGCAAGUCCUGCGCCUCCUCGGCCGCGUGUCUGAUCGCCUCCGCCGGCUACCAGUCCUUCUGCUCCCCUGGCAAGGUCAACUCUGUCUGCAUCAGCUGCUGCAACACUCCCCUCUGCAAUGGACCCCGGCCCAAGAAGAGGGGGAACUCUGCUGCGGUGCCCAGGGCACACAUGACAACCACUCUUCUGCUCCUUAAAUUCGCUCUGUUGUUUUUGUACUGCUAAACUUCAAGCAAGUUGGUUUGUUUGUUUUUUUUUUCCCUGACACAAUUUGUUCUGCAUCCUUCUUUCUUCAAAGACGCUGCAAUUAUUUUCUGUUUGUUUCCAAAUCCCUGUCAAGAGCAAGGGAAGUUCAGUGGCUGUGUGGAGAAGAGGGGCUGAUAUUUUUGUCAGCUAAUGAGUUCAGUUAGCAGAUUGAAUUUCCAGUGUGCACUUAAAAAUCCCAGCAGGAUACAGACCUCCUGUUCCUUUUGCAUAACUGGAAACAAAUCCAUCCGUGUUAUUCUUUUUGCGAUGUUGUCACUUUCCUGGGUCAUUUCAAUUUCCAUGUUUUUAAGCUCAUUGCUAAGCAUUAACUUUGCCUUAUGAAGUCACACUUGAUGUUCACAGAGGCCGUUCUGUGCACCCUGACCGGGCUCUGAGCUGGUUUCAAGGGGCGCCACUUCCAGGCUGGGAUCUGGGGGUGCAGGACCCGUCUCCUGUGGGCUGCAGCUGGGCGUGGGCUCCUUCUGGAAGGUGCUCAGGAAGACUUUGGCGUUGCUCUUGGUGGAGGAGCUGCGCCUGGAGGACACGAAGAGCAGCGGGCGCAGGGAGCGGCUGCUGCGCGCCGCGGAGCUCGGGUUGGCCCUGAGGAACCUCUCCCUGUUGGCGUGCUGCAGCGUGAGGCGGCAGCACAGGACCUGCAGGAACACGCUGCGGAACUGCUGAGAGGAGAUGUUGUACAGCAGUGGGUUCACCACCGAGCUGAGGUAGAAGAAGAUGUCGGCGAUGGGGAGGAGGGUGAUGUAGGCCCUGAAGUAGGGGACGGUCCAGUCCUGCUUUGGCUUGGCAGCGGCCAUGAUCCUCCUGACCUGGUUUGGCAUCCAGCAAACCGCCAGAGUGGCGAUGAUCAGUCCUGCGGGCAGAGAGAGCAACAAAGAGGUCUGCAUUCGUGGGGGAAGACACAAAAAAUACUAUCAGUUCUGCACUUACUUGUUAGGAAAUGGUACCAGUUUUUCAGUGUUUUGCUUGACAGCUUUUUCUGCCGGUAGCAUUUUUUUGUUUGUUGUUUUUAAUAACUGUUACAAGGUCAUUGCGGCACAUGCUCAGACAAAACACUGCACAGUGCUUGGAUGGUGUUUCUUUGUACCUGUUGUCAUUUAUUGCUUUUCAAAGUGUUCUUUCUCUGAUCAUCUGUGUCUUUGGAAAGAAUAUGGUUUUAGUUUGGUUUCUGCUCUUACAUUUCUUCUGUCUUUCCCUUUACUUUGAAAAACAAACACAAUAAAUAGAACCUAUAGCCAUAUUAGAUCAGGCAAUACCCAGAAGAGAUCAGAUUCUUGUUUGUACUUUACAAAAAAGAAAAUGUAUGCAUAAUAAUAUAUUUCGUGUUAUUUUUGGUAGAUUUCCUCUUACAGAAGCUAUUUUUAAGUAAAAUGUGUAUGGAUCUUUUUAUGGUAAUUAAGAUAUGUUGGGCUUUCUUAAAAAUCAAAUUCCAGUGGAAUUAAAUGAUGAAUGUAAAUGAGAAAAACCCAAGCCUAGUCAUGAAAGUGUAAGCAGUUUCAGAUUGUAAAUUACGCUUUAAAAUGUGGUAUCUGACCAUUUUGUAUUUAUAUGUAAAUAUAAAUACAUGUUGCUGCAUCACUAAUGGCAUUAAAAAGGGGUGGCUGAA